GGAGGCCCAGGUGCCGCGCACCCGGCGAGACCCAGAGGACCCGGCGACACCGCUUCUCCAUCAACGGGCACUUUUACAACCACAAGAAAAUUCUGAGCUCUGUAGCUCUAGGAAGAGAAACGUUAGUUCAGAAGAAGCAAGUGGACUCUGUUAAGAAUACAUUUGGCUCUCACAAUGCGGUUAGGAAAACUGAAGGGAGGUAUUUCUCGGAGCGCAAGCCAAGGAAAGACCUCUGAGAACCAGCGCAAGAAAAGCUGGCAGCGGCAGAAACGGGGAAUGGCUAUUCGGUUUGACUCAAGCUUGAACAGACGGAGGAGAAUCUUGGAUGAGAAGCCGUAUAAAUGUACACAAUGUGAAAAAAGUUUCAGUCAGAGCUCGACCCUUUUUCAACACCAGAAGAUCCAUACUGGAAAGAAAUCCCAUAAAUGUGCCGAUUGUGGGAAAAGUUUCUUCCAGAGUUCUAAUCUCAUACAGCAUCGACGGAUCCAUACUGGGGAAAAGCCCUAUAAAUGUGAUGAGUGUGGAGAAAGGUUUAAACAGAGCUCAAAUCUCAUUCAGCACCAGAGAAUUCACACCGGAGAAAAACCCUAUCAGUGCGAUCAGUGCGGCCGAUGUUUCAGCCAGAGCUCCCACCUUAUUCAGCAUCAGAGAACCCACACGGGGGAGAAGCCCUACCAGUGCAGUGAAUGUGGCAAAUGCUUCAGCCAGAGCUCUCACCUCAGGCAGCACAUGAAGGUGCACAAAGAGAAGCCGCGCAAAACUCCAGGCAAAAACAUUAGGGCAAAAACUCACUUAGUAUCUUGGAAAACUGGCACAAAAAGGAAGUCGGUGGCUCGCCUCCGCUAAGUAAGGGCACUGUUUCAGCCCUGUCUUAAAAACAAAAGGAAAAGGAAAAGCUGUCUCAGAACUGGAGAUACUUUGUAAUAGAGCACUUAAACACUGUGUGUCCUUCCCUAGCAUGGAGACAUUGAAACACGGGGUUUAAUGACAUGGGCGGGUGGAAAGAAAUUACCUGGUUCCCACUGUUCUCAUUUCUGUAACCUGGAGUACAGAGAACUAAGAACAUUUUUUUCGAGAAUAUAAAAUUCUUGACCUUAUUUGAAAGUGUUCCCUGCGUAAUUUUGACAAGAACAAUCCUGUUUUAAUGACAUGUAUAAAAAUGUAGGAAUUUCAUUAACUUCGGUUUUAAGACUUUCUGUUGAAGGAAUAAUUAAAAAGGAAAAGAAGUGAAUUCCAUUGGUUUUGGACUUCUGUAACAUGAAGUUUUAUGUUUGUAAAGUUUUGUAGUAUAUUAAUCAUCGGUUUGUAAGUAUGAUUCAAGAUUCACUAUAUUAAAAUGUAUUGAUUUUUCACCGAUUCUUAAGGCCCAUCACUUUCUAUUAACUUUCUUUUAUUUCUUUCCUUCUUAUGAACAGCUGUUAAAUCAGUAGAAUUUUCCUGUUUUUUACCAAAUUCUUAUUAAAAGGUACUCUAAAAGUCAAAAUGAAAACUGAAGCCACAAGUUCUUUGUGAUGGUGUUACACUGUGUCAGUUGUUUUCUAGAAGUUAGGAUGGAUUUAUCCGUCUCUAUGCCUUUGACUUCUUUUGAUGUUCUCUUGUGCUCUGACAAACUGAGAUAGCAUUUUAGACCUACAUGAAUAAAUAAACCAUAUUUAACCAAAACAAUCUCAACUUACUAAUAAAAAUCUACAAUGUACACACCUCCCUGCCUUCCCCUUGGAAAACUUUAAUAGCAAAUUACCUAAAACAAAAGUUACUUAAUCCAAAUGUAGCUCAAUGUUUAGAUUUUGAAAUCUAAGUUAAACAUUUCUGAGUGAAAUUAAUUAUUUACAGUCUAGCAAACAUCUCAGCUACCAUCAGAACAGUGCUGUGUCCAACAUUCUGUUCAGCCUUCAGCUCAGAUUUUAAUUCUAUUAAAUGUUAACAUUCUGGUUUUUUUGGUAUCUUUUAUAAUCAUGUCAGUUUCUAGUGUUAUUAAUGACAAUUAUUCAUAAAAAUGGAAUAUUUUGCAUACUACCACCUUUUGUUUAUUUUUCUCCCGGGAAAUUAUUUUAAGGAUUUAAGCAACAUCUAAAAGCACAGCUUUGGAAGAAUCACUUGUUUUGCCUGUUUUUUAUUUCCUCAAACUUGAACUUUGUCUUCCUCCUGGCCUUGUACUUAGUGUGGGGUCUUAGAAGAUGGCCUUGCUGGCGAUAGUUUCAUCCACGGGAUAUCCACAGUGUUGUGUGACUAUGCGGCAAUUGCAGUCAUCUUUCACAAAAGACUUGAUCUUCACUUAGCAGGUGUCCUGUUAAUCGGCCAAGGCACUUGGAAGCAGGGCCGUUUUGAGGACCUACCAUUAGCGUGUAGCAGUUCUGUGUCUGGAGUAACUUCUGGCUGGACCAACACCACUUUCUUAAAUGUAAUGAGUUUUGCAAUUUUGACAGCAACCAUAGGAUCCUGCAACAGAAAGACCUUUGUAAAUUGUUAGAUUGCAUAGUUUACAUUUUUAUCCUGAAUAAACUCUGUUCUCUAUAAAAAUAAAGCAAAUACUCCAGAGUGUGAUGUA